UCCACCUCUACUUCUAAUUCUUAAUUUUCUCUUUCUCUAAUUAUUCAUCCCUCCUUCUUCCUUCUCCCUCUCUGUAUCUUUAGAUUAUCCAAACAAAAAAUUUGCCCCAUUCAAACAACUAUUUGAGAAAAAGAGAGGAAAAAAACAAAGGUUUCUUUUCAACUCCUCUGGGCAAUUUUUGCCCUAAUAUCAUAUCUUUUCUUCAACUCUUUCUCCUUCAUUUUGGAUCCACCAACUUUCUGGCCUUUAAUUUCCUCUUCUUUGUUCUUCAUUUAUGCAUGCUAAUUGCAUGCAUAUAAUACCAACAAUAUUUGAAAGAAUAUAUGGGGAAUGCAGUUAAAAGGAGAUAAAAUAAGCUGCCCUUUUUCAUCUCCUUUCUUUCUGCGUGGCUUAAGCGUUUACCUAAAAAGGCGAAGGAAUCAGUUCUUCCUAUUGGCGUGGUCCUUUUGUUUGUGUUGUGUUUCAUUUCUGAGCAGAGUACUAUUGGCUUUUGGGGAAUUUAUAGCCUAUACCAUGGCAACCAAAGUGAAGGGGAUUUACAAAUAUAUCACCAGUAUUUUUGUUGUUAAGGAGAGGGAGUUGGAGAUAGGAUGUCCAACUGAUGUUAAACAUGUGGCACAUAUUGGUUGGGAAGGUCCCUCUGGAAAUACACCCACUUGGAUGAAAGCAUUCAAGGCAGGGCCGGAAUUUGCAGCAACUUCUAUUGGUAGUUCUGGUUCUGCUUGGUCAUCUCAAGGUUGUGGAGAGAUAGCGAGACAAAAAACAGCAGCUAACGUUUACAAGGACAUGACAACUUCAGAUGUUGCUAGUCCUCCUAGGAAACACAAACGGAGGAAGCCUAAAUCAACUUCUUCUCCCAAAUCUAGUUCACCAUCCACGUUGAGAUCGUCGCGAGCAGCUAAACCCAAGGCUAAAUCUGGUGAAGGAAAUCCUAAACCAGCAACAGUAGAAGUGGCUUAAUAUUGUUACAAAAACUGCAGUUUCAAUGCUCAAAGGUUCUAACAUUGUAUAUCAUAGUUGUCGAAAAUCCUCAGGAUGUUUGUUAACAGUAAGGCAUUUGAAGAGAAAGGGAAAGGGUGGGGAGAAAGUUGUGUAAAUGUAGAGGGAGGAAUAGUAAAUGUGAUUAAGAAAUAUGGAAGAUGAAAAUGUAGGAGAGGCUAGAGAUGUCAAAAGAAAGAGACAAAAAUCUAACUGUAUCAAACUGGUGUUUUUGUGAAAACUAGAACGUGUUCCUUUUUCGAUUUAAUUUUCUCUUUUCCA